AUGGACGUUUUAGAAUUAGUUACUGUAGAAAAUUCAAAAAGCGAAAGCCGCCCUUUCUGUUGUACUUGGGAAAAUUGUAACAAAGCAUUUGCUAGAAGAUCUGACCUCUCAAGACAUGAUCGAAUUCAUACAAAAAUAAGAUCUUUCAUCUGUUCAGAGCCAGGGUGCGGCAAAGGAUUCAUACAGCGUUCUGCACUUACUGUCCAUAUUAGAACCCAUACAGGAGAAAGACCUCAUCGUUGCAUGUAUCCUGAUUGCAAUAAAGCAUUCAGUGAUAGUAGUUCUUUGGCGAGACACAGACGUAUUCAUGCAGGAAAAUUUCCCUACAAAUGUUUGUAUGAGGGCUGUGGAAGAAGUUAUGCCCGAAAAACGAAUCUGACAAAACACCAUCGACAAUGUCAUAUGUUAUCCGCAAAAAACCAAAAAGCACUCGGUUCCUCUUUGUAUUCACAAGAAUAUAAGGAAUAUAACAAAGAAUACAACUGCAUGGCUCCUGGCAUCAAUAAUCGAAUUCUAAAUCAUUAUUACCCAGAGACAACAUCCUUACCAUUUCCUAGCAAAAAAUCAUAUCAAAAUUAUCAAAAACUUACACCACAAUCAUGUUCUGUUCCACAACAAUCAAAUAUCUAUAAUAUUCUUUCUUCCCCAGUUUCGCCAACUUUUACUUCUUCUACUGUAUCAUGUGCUUCUUCAGCUCUCCCAACUCCAAUUUCUUCUCCCACAUCUUCUACCUCAAACAUAUUUUCACAAUAUUACCCUCAAACUGAACAAAAAUCCAGAGAAUCAUGUUCAGAUUAUUUUUGUACACAAGUUUCCCAUGACAUAAGUCGCAAAAACUAUCAUGAUUGA